AUGUCGUUCAAAUUUCCCUCCUUCAAUUUGCAAUCGCUUCAGGAGUCUCUUCCCACAGUAGACCAGGUCAAGGAAUCGUUUUCCAAGACUGUAGAUCAGUUCAGAGAGUCGAUCCAGCCAUUUGCUACCAAGACUACUCAGUUGAUUCUGACUCAGUUGCAACAAGUGCAGCAUUUGGCCAACCUCAACGUUAACUCCAACAUUGAAGUCUCUGAGUUACCCGCAGAAUACUUGCAGUUGGAAACAAACUGCGACUUGUUGUUGAAGCUUUACACGGACUUGAUCCAGUACUCCAACGAAACCUUCAACAAUAUCAGCUACGAUUAUCCUCCAGGUAACUACACCAUCACCAAGAUUAAGGAUGCCAACGUUGGUGGCGUUCUCGCCACGAAAUUCAACCAAUUGAAGAACGUCUCUUCUCCACAAGAGUUGGAAAACAUCUUGUUGGGAAAAGAGGCUGGUGAUGCUGAUAGCGCAGAAAAAGAUGUAGCCAUACAGACAACUUCGGUCCUUCUUCCUAAGACUUUGUACGGAGCCUUGUCUGUUCUUGCUGAGAAGCAUUCGCAGGAAUUAAAGACUUCUGCAGCACCUUUGUCGUUGGCGUUGUUGCAGGUGUCUUCUUCUUACUUGGAGAUUGCCAAUGCCAGGUUAGUCCAGGACGAAAAGAUUUUGGCCGAAGUGAACGACAAGUUGGUAGCCAUUUUGAAUGAACAGUUCAUCAAGGUCAACGAGUUGCGUAAGAAGGUCUAUUCGACCAGAUCCGAGUUUGACUUGAUUAGAUCCAAGGUAGAUGAAACUGACCAAGAAAAUGAAGAAUUGAUUUCAAAAGAAGACGAGUUGGUCAGUGCAACCGAAGUUGCUGUCGUCGAAAUGAAGAGAUUGUUGAAGCCAUCCAAGAACAUCAGCUUAUUGAAAGUGUUUGUCGAUGCCCAGAAGGAGUACUUUGAGGUUGGCGCCAAGAAGUUGGCUGCAUUGUCUGCUUCUUUGGAUAAGAUCGAAGUUACUGAAGAAGAAGACGAUUACUGA